AUGGCAAACAUCACAGCCAAGCACUCGACUUUACCCAUAUGGAGUAAGAUUCGGCACGACAAAGGCGCAAAUGAUGCAAAAAGAGGCUCAGCCUUCUCAAAGAUUUCCCAAGAGAUAACCUAUGCAUCAAAAUCUGGUGGACUUGAUGGAAACCUUCGUCUUACCGCAGCAGUCGCAGCUGCCAAGAAGGCUGGAAUGCCGAAGGAACGUAUUCAAGGUGCCAUAAAUCGCGGCCAAGGAAUUUCGGCAAAUGGGGUAGCUCUUGAAACACUCAUGAUGGAAGCCAUGGGACCCGGCUCCGUGGCAUUGGUCUUGGAGUGUGUUACAGAUAACAAGUUACGUGCUCUUCAGGAGACUAAGUCUCUCCUCACUAAAUGCAAUGCCACGACUACGUCUACGUCAUACCUUUUCACCAAAAGGGGAAUUAUUCACGUCUUGCCCGGUAAGGUCGACUUCGAUAUAAUUCUCGAAGCUAGUUUAGAAAUAGAUGGAACAGAAGAUGUAGAAGAAUGCGAAGAUGAGAAUGGGAAGGGUGUCGAAAUCACGACGGAACCAAGCAGGACUUCUGCCGUGGCUGAAGAAAUAAAAACCCGGCUACCAGAAGUGCAGGUUACCAGCAGUGUUAUUGCGUGGGUUCCGAACGAAGAUACUAUGGUGGAGCUGCAGGAAGGAAGUAAAGCGGAGGAACAAUUGACGAAAUUACUCAAUCUACUGGAAGAAUCGGACCAUGUAAGCGAAAUCUAUACAAACCUGAGAUCAUAA